CGGCGUCAGAGGGGGCGCGCAGCGGCCGAACAACGGCAGAACGAUUCUGAAAAAGCCCCAGAUUAGACCGAAUCUCGCUCGCCGGAAACCGUUGUUUUCCGGUUGGGACACCAUCUGUAUCACCGGGACACAGACAAAGGCUGUCACGCGCCGGGGUCGCGAUUUUAUUGUUAAAGGCAGAGUGGGUGGGUUUCACCGAUAGCUGCUAACGUUAGCUAGCCAGGCGAGCUAAUAGGAGCUAGUCAAAGAGCGAGCUGCGGGUUGAGGAAGACCUUUCGGGCCAGGCCGCUCCAGCUCGGGGGAAUGUGAACCAGGAGGGGAGCGCAGGGGGGUUUGCUCGCUUCGUCCCGAACGUCCUUACACCAAACUACCGGGAUGGGGCAGCAGGUAGGCCGCGUCGGUGAGAGCACAUCGACCGGACUCCAGCCACCACAGCCCCACGCGUCCCAACCGCACCAAGGGAAGGGGAACCGGGGGAGCGGCGCCGGGAGGAGACCCCGGGAACCCGGCAGCAGCAGCACCGGGACACCGCCUGGCAGGACCGCUGCAGUGAACGUGCCCGACCCGGGGAUCAACGUCUUCACACUUCAUUCAGAAGCUCUCCACCGGCCAUUCGGCCUGGACUCGGCAGCGCUGACGGAGGCGGUGCGUUGGAGCUCCAAGGAGAACCUGCUAGGGGCGGCCGAGAGCGACCCUAACCUCUUCGUUGCACUUUAUGACUUUGUCGCCAGCGGAGACAACACGCUCAGCAUCACUAAAGGUGAGAAACUGCGUGUGCUGGGCUACAACCAGAAUGGAGAGUGGAGUGAAGUGCGCUCUAAGAACGGCCAGGGUUGGGUGCCCUCCAACUACAUCACGCCGGUCAACAGUCUGGAGAAGCACAGCUGGUACCAUGGGCCCGUGUCGCGCAGCGCCGCCGAGUACCUGCUCUCGUCCCUCAUCAACGGCAGUUUCCUGGUCCGGGAAAGCGAGAGCAGCCCCGGACAGCUGUCAAUUUCUCUUCGCUAUGAGGGGAGAGUCUACCACUACCGGAUCAACACCUCCUCGGAUGGAAAGGUGUAUGUGACAUCUGAGAGUCGUUUUGCCACCCUGGCCGAGCUGGUCCACCAUCACUCCACUGUAGCCGAUGGCCUGGUCACCACCCUGCACUACCCAGCACCCAAAUGUAACAAGCCCACAGUGUACGGUGUCUCCCCCAUUCACGACAAGUGGGAGAUGGAACGCACGGAUAUCACCAUGAAGCACAAGCUGGGAGGAGGCCAGUAUGGAGAGGUGUACGUGGGAGUGUGGAAAAAGUACAACCUCACGGUGGCUGUCAAGACACUCAAGGAGGACACCAUGGAAGUUGAAGAAUUUCUGAAAGAAGCAGCAGUUAUGAAGGAGGUUAAACACCCAAACCUCGUUCAACUACUUGGUGUGUGUACGCUGGAGCCGCCGUUCUACAUUGUAACAGAGUACAUGCCACACGGCAAUCUACUGGACUACUUGAGAGAUUGUGACAAGGAGGAGGUGAACGCUGUGGUGCUGCUCUACAUGGCCACACAGAUCUCCUCUGCCAUGGAAUACCUGGAGAAGAAAAACUUUAUACACAGGGAUCUCGCUGCAAGGAAUUGCCUGGUCGGGGAGAAUCACGUUGUGAAGGUCGCAGACUUUGGCCUGAGCAGGUUGAUGACUGGUGAUACUUACACAGCCCACGCUGGGGCCAAGUUCCCCAUCAAAUGGACUGCACCAGAGAGCCUUGCAUACAACACCUUCUCAAUCAAGUCUGAUGUCUGGGCAUUCGGGGUGCUGCUUUGGGAAAUUGCCACUUAUGGCAUGUCUCCAUACCCUGGAAUCGAUCUGUCUCAGGUCUAUGACCUCCUGGAGAAAGGUUACCGCAUGGAACAGCCCGAGGGAUGCCCGCCCAAAGUCUAUGAACUCAUGAGAGCAUGCUGGCAGUGGAGCCCAUUGGACCGGCCUUCGUUUGCAGAGAUCCACCAAGCCUUUGAAACAAUGUUCCAUGACUCCAGCAUCUCUGAAGAGGUAGCAGAGGAGCUCUGUAAGACGGCCUCCUCUGGCCACGGAGGGCCACUGCACCCUUUCAGUCACGACAUGCCCCUGUUGCCUUCCAAAUCUCGCACACUCCACAAGCACACAGAAAACAAGGAAAACAUUGAGGGUGGACUCGACGGACGAUCUGACCACGGCACGCACGGUCACUCAGGCUGGGCUUCUACCUUGUUAGGAGGGGAUGGCCGAUCAGGCAGCUCCCCGGCUCUGCCCAGAAAACAGCAGCCACGGGAGAAAUCUCCCGGCACCCUUUUAGAGGACGCACAGGAUAUGGGCACAUUUACGCGAGACCGCAAGACUGGCUUCUUUAGCUCCUUCAUAAAGAAGAAAUCUUCCUCUUCUUCGUCCUCCUCGCCGUCGUCUCAGCUCCAACAGAACCUCCCAACGCCGCCCAAGAGGAGCAGUUCUUUCCGGGAGAUGGAAACGCAGCCUCACAAGAAAUACGAGCCCACCGCUGAUUUCAGCGCUCCUCCUCCCCAACCCCAUUCGGACAGUCUCGGUGGCUUCUCUGCGUCGCCCUCUCACUCCCAUGGAGAACCCACCCAGCCCCAGUCACGCUGCUGUGGGGCUGCCUUUGGACAGAAACCCUCUGGUGGGGGGCUCGCUUCACAGGUGACGAGCGGCAGCGGUUGGAGUGGGUUGGCUGGGUUUUUUACCCCUCGACUCAUCAAAAAGACCCUUGGGCUACGGACAGGAAAGACAACCUCUACAGAGGAGACUGGGAGUAUAGCAGGAGGGCCUAAACCCUUUCCUAGGUCCAAUUCGACCUCCUCAAUGUCAUCUGGGCUGCCAGACCUGGAGCGCAUGGCUCUGACUUUACCCAGGAACCGCAGUGCUAAACCCCCUCUCGAGAGGACUGCCUCCACAACCUCCCAGCCAGAGAAUGGGGCUGCGCGGCCCUCAGAAACUCUGCAGAGGAGGAUGGAUGAGGGGACGGCACAGAUCAGGGAAAGGCCCAAAGCCAAGCUAUUACCCCGAGGUGCUGCCGUAGGCGUGAGGGCACCAGGGGUUGGGGGGGAGGUGGGGGAAUCGGACAGUCUGUCUCGGGUCAAAGAGAGUAGAGAGGAGAGUGGGGGAGGACCAGACAGGCAGCAGAGUUGGUCAUCUCCCUCUAAGACUUCUAGUUCUAUAGCUUCAUCAACCCCAGCAGGUGCGCCGACUCACAACCACAAAGUUCCGGUCCUGAUCUCCCCCACACUGAAGCACAGCCCAGCUGACGUGCACCUGGUCGGACUGGACUCUCAGGGGAACCGCUUCAAACUGCUGUCUGAGCACCAAGCAGACCGGGACAGGCCACGACUUGUAAAACCCAAGUGUGCUCCUCCUCCCCCUCCCACCCUGCGCAGUCUGCAACACUCCUACAGUGGGGACGGAGAGGAGCAGGUAGGUGGAGCACCAGUGGAGGUAAACGGAGACGCGUUGAAAGCUCACAGGUCGGGGCGAAUGUCGGGUGGAGCGACGACGGGUAGACCAUCUGUGCCACCACCACAAGUGCCUCCUGCAUCUUCCUCCUCCUUUUCGACGUCCUGCCCCGCCACCACCAACAACACGACUCCCACCAAAAUGGCCAACGGGGCCGCCACCAUUGCCGCCUCUUCACACACGGCAUCGUCUGCCGGUUCCAAAGUGGCACUGCGGCGAACCAGGCAACAGGCGGAGAGGGUGCCCCUGGAGCGAGUUAGUCGCGUGGCCCUGCUGGAGUGCGCAGAGUGCCUGAGCAGCGCCCUCCAUGGCAGCUCCGAAAGCCCCUCCAGCAGCCAGGUGCUGGACGCGGGUCACCAGCUGCUAGACUACUGCUCAGGUUAUGUGGACUGCAUCCCUCAGAUGAGGAACAAAUUUGCCUUCCGGGAGGCGGUGGGGAAGCUGGAGCUCAGCCUGCAGGAACUGAGGGCCUCGUCCUCAGGGGGUGGAGGACUGAGCGGCGUGGGGCCCAACACUGUACAGGACAACCUGCACAGCUGUAUUAAAGAGAUUAGUGACGUAGUACAGAGGUAGCCACUGUGACAACACCAACCGUCACCCAGAACUACCCAACAGACUGCUAAUAUUCCUUUUUAUGUUCUGGUUCUUUUGACAGCUUUUUGGGGGACAAAAUGAGACGACUCUUCAGUACCUCAGAGAAAUCACUACAAAAACGUAUUCUUUUUACUGUUUACAAACAACUGUUUCAUAAAAUGCCAGUGUGGACACUAGUUUUGCUCUGACCUAUAAGUAUUCAGAAACGUUCAUACCAAACUAAAUGUGGUUUCAGUCGCACCAAGAAAUGUUUAGCCCCUCGCCUCCACCCGGCCGUAAUAAAGGUCCCUUCGUUAAAUGAAUGUCGAGGGUAUCGGUGGUGUGUAGCCAGCCCGGAGAGUCGGCAAAGUCGACGCUCACGCUGCUCAUCUGUCAGUCUGAGCGAGAAUGGUGGUGGCUGUGCGACGCCUUACUGAGAACACGAGACAACGGUUUCACUGACGAAGCUCGAACAAUGUUUCACAAAUGAGUGAAUCAUCAGUUGGAUGUACUGUGUUUCGCAGUUGAGUAUUUUGCUCACUGUCUGGGGAACUAAGUGACCAUAAGCCAUUUUCUUAAAGCCAUUAUAUUCUAAAGGAUUGGAAUCAACAUCAGGAUGCAAGGUUUUGAGGUCUCAAUUUGCAGUUUUAUUCUGUGUGCAGAAUUUUAUUUUUUAUUUUUUUUUUAACUUAUUUUCAUUUUCAUGACAGUAUUUUAAAGUAGAUGGAUAAAUGUGGUAAAAUAUCAAAUCGCCCCAAAACUGCUCCUGUCGAUAUCGGACUAAAGCCUGGUUUUCUGAGAAUAAUAAACUGUUUUGACGCAGACAUUUCCACGUGUCCACACAAGGCUGACAUAAAAAGACGGGAUCGCUUGCAUCAUUGGAACUUGUGUGCAUCUGACAAGCGUGUAAAUAAGCUCAAAUGAAAUGCCAAGUGUACGUUUCAGUAUUGCCAAAUACAGGCUUAUCAAAUCUAAAAAGAUUUAAAAUCUAGAAAAGAUUUAUUUGAUUUGUCAUAUGCACAGCAUUUGUCUUGUUGUUGUGACUCAUGUUCACACCUUAACACAGUGCCACAUGAAUGGGGGGGAAAUCCCCAGUCUCCUAAAGCAUUUCAAUAUUUAUGUCCAGUUAUCCUUGCACACUACAUUUCUUCCUUGUAGGAUGGAGCAUAAAAGAGUGGGGGGAGGGGAGAGCACAGGGUAGCGCAUGAGCAGGUGAAUUGGGACGGUAUUUCUAAAAGUGUCCUGAGUAUGGACAGAGCUGGAUUCCCUGUAGCCUUGUCGUGUCCUCAGUGCCUCAAAUUCUUCCAUGUAUGAACACUGCGAAAUGCAGAGACCUACUUUACACUAAUCACACAGUACUGAUCUCUCAACAACAAAAAACUGCAGUACGUCUUCAGCACAUGAGUGAUUUUUUACAUUAUUUGGUUCAAAGAAAAAUGCUUUUUAGAAUGUCUAUGUCUGAACUUGAAUUUUAAAUUAUUCCUGAUUUUUUUUUCUUUUUUCUUUUAUUAAAAGCACAGACCUAUUUUGAGAGAAAAGUUAUGUAAAUAUUUGAUUUAUUUCAUAUGCAGGAAACAAAAGAUGUGUGUGUAGUUACAGCAUUAAGAGCAAUGUUUUUGACUGAAGAGAGGUAUUGCGAGACAUCGGCUCAUCCACCCUAAUCUGAAUAUCUGCUUCAUGAAUGUAUUAGUCUUCUGUUCUGAAUCUGGUCGAACGUUCAUCUGCAUGACUCUUUAAUUUUUUUUUUAAGGGGACAUUUUUCUUAAAUUAUUUAUUAUUAUUAUUUUUUUAUUGGCCCAUACGUCUAAUUUUGGUCACACUAAAUAAUAAAUCCAGAAACGGCUGCUCUGUUUUUUUGAGCACAAACCAAACUUGCUUUGGCUCACAUCAUAUUGUACACUGGAUAAGGCCUCAGACACAUUGGUUCGUUGACACAUGUUGCAUAAGAAUACUACAAAAUCUAAAUCUGUAAACACUGCAGGUCCAGAACACUUUCAAAAUGCCUGUUAAUGACACUUGAUGGAUUGCCAAGUAAAUGUUUUGUCCACUUGUGUUUGUGAUGUGUUUUUUCACAUCAUCAUUUCAUGUUGUGUGUCCGUAUUUAUGUCCAUUUUCUUGCCAAACAGGAUCCCUUUGAGACAAGCUGAUGACUCGUGUCUAUUCACUGUGAGUUUCAAAUAACAUGGACGAAAAAAUGCCAUCAUCGUUUCUUUCAUGAUUCUUGGUGCCUUUUUGUGAACAAACGAUUUAUGUACGCUAUCACUGCAAGAAUUCAAAAGUAUGGCAAUGUUAAAGUGUUAAGUGUUUUCUUUCCUUUGCCAUGAGAUUGUGAUAAGCGUAUCACGGCAGCAUGUAUUUCUGUCAUUUUGGAGGUUGAUGGUCAGAUGCAAACUUGAAACCAAAAGGUGCACUUUGUCUUUGAAGAUUAUGUAUUUAGAUACUCUGACAAAUGACACGUGAGUCUGCUGCACUAAACCCGAGCUGCUGUGGUGUCUCAUAAUCUGAUCACAUCAAAGGUUUUGUCGAAAUAAUUUCUCUUUCGAGUUGCCGAGCAAACUUUUUCUGUUGUGUAUAGUGCAUCUCUGUGGAGCAGGUUUUCCAAAAAGCCUUAUCAAGAAAGAUGUAACCUCCCAGAGUCGACACGUUUCCAGUCUGGACUGUUUUUAAAGAAAUAAAAAAUGUUGAUUUUUUAAAACAAUAUUUACAGAGUCAAUAAAUUGAUUUGGUACCAAUGUUUUUUCCUCAUAUCUGAUAUCUGAACAGACGCUGUUCAAUAUUUGAGCUGACCACCCUUUUUUUGUUGCUUAUUCUCAAUAUCAGUCUUCUACAUUGUCUUUAUUUAUGCUGCCUGCAUUUAUCCUGUAUAUCUGUUAUUUUUGUCCUGCUGUCUCUGUUUUGGAGAACAGCUCUGGAGAACAUGUGUACACAUCAUUAUACCAAAGGCCACUUCUUCAGUUGUACGAGUGCAAUUUAAACCAACACACACAAUAAUGGAAUAUGUGAAUUUAAACAGGGAUAAAAGUGGCAAGAGAUGUUAACAUUAACUUUUUUAUUGUACAAAAUAUAUAUUUUUUGUUUUGUUUUUGUUUUUUUAUUUAAAGUUCACGUUAUAUUACUGUGAAGUUUUGCUCAUCAGU